AUGUAGAUAGAACCAUGGGCAGAUCCAGGUGAACCUGAUUAAGAAGAAGCUUUUGAACGUUAAAUUUUUGAAAGGAAAAUAUUUUAAAUAAUACCCAAAAGCGGUUAAUUAAAAAAGGGAUAAUUAAAAGAUGUAGAAUUAAUUUAUAAUCCAAAUAGUAAAUAGCAAGAUGAUAAUCCUUUCAAAAGUAAAAAUGAUAAAAAUUUAAAUGGAUAAAAACACUCUUUAAGGGUUGUUUUGUAAAUUAUGAAUGGAAAACCUUUGUAAAUAAAUUUAAAAGGAAUGUCUUUAGCACCAUUAGAAGGACUUUUGGCUGUUAAAAAAAAUCAGUUUGAAUUACCAGAUACUCCAAUAGGAUUACUUAUUCCAGUUAAAUUCCCGAUAGAAAUUGCUAAUUUGGGUUCUAUAAAAGUUUCUUAUAAAGUAGAAAUCGAAGAACAGGAUUGUGAUUAAAAUAUAAUAAAAAAUGAUUCUAGAUUUACAGCAUUUUUAUUAGAAAAAAGUUAAGAUACACUACUGCCGAAUGAAAAAUCAUACCUAUAUUGUCUUUUUAAACCUUUAGAGUAAAAGGGGUAUUAUUAUAAAUUGAAAAUAAUUGUUUUUGACAUGGUUAAAAUUACAUAAGAAAUAAUCAUUUUUAUAAAAGGAUAAGGAUUUUUAAAUUUACCGCCAGUUAAAAAUCAACUUAACGCAGAGGAAAUUCCAAGAUAAAGAUCUUCAGUGUCUACUAUAGGUAGUAAAGUAUUUUUUUCGAUUGAAGAAAUAGAUUUCGGAUAUAUGAAACCAGGAAAAGAGUCUUAUAGGUUUAUUAUACUUUAUAAUCUUAAUGAAAACUAAAAGCUUAACUUUGAUUUCGGAUCUUCAAGUUUUGCAUUGACAUAAAAUAAACCAGGAUUAAUGUGCGGAGAUAAAUGUAUUAUUGAACCUAUCUAAGGAGUUUUAGAGCCUAAAUCUUUUAUCGAAUUAAAACUUGCUUUAGCUUGUUCUUAUGAUCCCUCUGUUUAUGAAGGUGAAUUAGAAUGUACAAUUAAUUGGGAUUUAGAUAAAAAUAAUUAAUAAUAAUUUUUAAAAAAUUCUAUUGUUAGUACAUUUAAUAAAAAUAAUAAUAAUAAUAAUAAUAAUAAUAAUAAUUAAUCUAAUAAUAAUACUUUAUAAAAAGAAACUUUAUUUUUAAGAAUAAAGAAAAAAUCGUUACUUAAUGUAAAUUUAAUAAAUAAUUAUAUUAAUUAAUCGUCUAUAGAAAAUACAUAGUAAUAUUAAUAAAAAACUAUAGAAGAACUUUUUUAAGGAAAAAAUUUAAAAUAAAAACACGCUUUUGAACUUAUAAUAGAAAAAGCUUUGAAUGAGAUUUUAAAUGAAUCAAAUACUGAAAGAAUUAUAGGAAGAAUAGAUAAUUAGCCUAUAGGAUUUUUUAAAUAUUUUGAUGAUGAAAAUUCUGUUAGUAUUAUUUCUAAUCAAUGGAAUGAUUUUAGGUAUUUGUUUUUAUAAUAAGAAUUUGUUGAUUUAGUCGAUCUUAUUAUGGAAAAUACAUUCUUUAAUAUUAUUUAAGAAACUACUAGAAAAGAAUGUGAUUUAUUGAAAAUUUCGAAAACUUUUGUUAUGCCUUUAUGA